UUUUACUACCACAGUACAAGAUGCUGUCUGCACGCCGACCUAGACCCCUCCCGAAAUACUUGUGUUAUUUGUUAUUUGUUUUGACAUUUUAAACUUCAAAUCAAAUAGGUUAGAAAAAUGUUCACUCAAGACUGAUUUUCGACUAAGCUACAAUGCGACGAAAUCUUAAAACUUUAGUUAAAUUAUGCCUCAUUUCGGCUGUGACGGGUUUUUUAACAGUAUUAUUUUAUCAUUCCAUGGAUAAGGGGGAUGUGAAUGCACCACAGAACCACCCAAUUGCGGCCAAAAGCAUUUUAACUAAUGAAAAAAUUGACUGGCAUGACAUUAAUUUUAUUCGAAGGGAAGCCAAACGGAAGGGGCCAGGAGAACAAGGCAAACCAGCCCACUUAAGUGCCUUAGAAACUGAGAGAAACUAUGAAAAGCUUUUUAGGGUGAAUGGGUUUAAUGCCGCUGUAAGUGACAAGAUCGCUUUGGACAGAUCAAUUCCAGAUAUCAGGCAUAAGCAGUGCAAAAAGAAAAAGUAUUUGAAGCAUUUGCCUUCUGUUAGUGUGAUUGUUCCAUUUCAUAAUGAGCACUGGACUACCUUGUUAAGGACUGUUACUAGUGUUAUAAAUCGCUCGCCUCCAGAACUAUUAAAAGAAAUAAUCCUAGUAGAUGACUUCAGCACAAAAGAUUUCAGUAAAAAGCCUCUAGACGACUAUUUAGCUGCGAACUUUACAAAAGUAUCAGUAAUUCACCUGCCAGAACGUAGCGGUCUCAUAAGGGCCCGUAUAGCCGGAGCUAAAGCUGCCACUGCCGAAGUCUUACUAUUUUUAGACUCUCAUACUGAAGCUAACGUGAACUGGUUACCUCCUUUACUGGAACCGAUUGCCCAAGAUUAUCGAGUAUGCGUGUGCCCAUUUAUUGAUGUUAUUGACUUCGAAACUUUUGAGUAUAGAGCGCAGGAUGAGGGGGCAAGAGGCGCUUUCGAUUGGGAGUUCUUUUAUAAAAGACUACCGCUUUUACCUGAAGACCUUGCUCAUCCGGCCGAACCGUUCAAAAGUCCCGUAAUGGCCGGUGGUCUGUUUGCCAUCAGCACUCGCUUCUUUUGGGAAAUCGGUGGAUACGACGAGGGUCUCGAUAUCUGGGGCGGGGAACAAUACGAGCUCAGCUUCAAAAUCUGGCAGUGCGGAGGCGAAAUGUAUGACGCUCCCUGUUCCCGCGUCGGUCAUAUUUACCGAAAAUACGCACCGUUUCCGAACCCCGGUAAAGGCGAUUUCGUAGGACGCAAUUAUCGUAGAGUGGCCGAGGUCUGGAUGGACGAAUACGCUCAAUAUUUAUACAUGAGGAGGCCGCAUUACAAAAUGAUCGAUCCCGGUGAUUUGAGUAAACAGAGGGCGAUAAGGGAAAAGUUACAUUGUAAACCUUUCAAGUGGUUCAUGGAGAAUGUCGCUUUUGAUUUGCCUCUGAAAUAUCCACCGAUUGAACCGGGGAACUUUGGCUGGGGGGAGAUAAGGAACUUGGCUGCUCCCGAGUUGUGUGUGGAUGCUAAGUUUGGUGGAAAAUUCAGUGUUGUGGGGCUCGCCGAGUGUACCAAGGGGACCGAUAGCAAAUCUGACCAAAACUUCACGCUUACUUGGCACAAAGAUAUCAGGGUUAAAGGUAAAUCUUUAUGUUUCGAUGUCUCUGAUGCAAACGAUAAAGCCUCCGUAACACUAUAUCCUUGCCACGGAAGUCAGGGAAAUCAGUAUUGGAAAUACGAGGUGGAAAACCAGCAAUUUUUGCACGGAGGUAACUCAAGAUGUCUGGAUUGUGAUCCGGGAAAGAAGACAUUAUAUAUGACGAAAUGUGACCCAGAUUCGAAGACUCAGAAAUGGAGACUGGAGAAUGUGAACUUGACCAUGCUGGCUGACUGGGAUAACGUUGGGGCGCAAAAAAUGAGGUGAAUCGUUAAAGUGAUUUACUAGAAAAUUAUGAAAUUGUGAUUUAUAAUGGAAAUUAUCUUGUGAUUG